AAAAAAGCUACUUGUGAAUUGAGCUCAAAAUGAAUGUUCCUGCAAAACUCCUGGGCUUCGUUGUUUGGUUGUUGUGCUUGAAUUGUGGCCAGUGUGAAGAUUGUCUUGGAACUGACAUUAACUAUGAAAAUGUAGAACCAGUUUUAGAAUGGUCAUAUCCUGAUGGAAAAACAGUAAGAGUGACCUGCCAGACAGGGUAUACUGGCAUGUACAGAUUAAGGUGUGAAGACGGAAAGUGGAGUGAAAACAUUGCGCGACCAUGUGCAAAGAAAAGGUGCAGUCAUCCAGGGGAAGCAGCAAACGCUGAUUUUAAACUUUUAGAUGGGACGGAGUAUGUAUUUGGAACAACGGUGGUGUAUACUUGCAAGAAAGGGUAUAAAAUGAAAAGCAGAAUCAAUCACCGUACCUGCAGAUCUCAAGGAUGGGACAAUGCCAUCCCUGUGUGUGAAGCUGUAACUUGUGAGCUUACUUCAAACUAUGAGGUGAAAAGGGUCGUCCCAGAGGGAAAAACUAUUUUCAGAGCUGGAGAAAGAUUGACAAUCACCUGCACUGAAAAAACCUGGUUUAGAUCCAAAGAAACCAUCAAAACAUUUGCAUGUCAAGAUGAUGGGACGUGGGACUCUAAUCCUGGUUGUGAAGGAAUGUGUGCAAGACCUGAUAUCCCAAAUGCAAAAAUUAUAGGAGAUCUAAGACAAAGUUACAGCACUAAUUCAACAAUACGAUAUAAAUGUAAUCCGGGAUUUGAACCUGAAGAAACUGUCCAAAUCACUUGUGAUCACCAAGCUCAAUGGACAGGUUUACAGCAGUGCACUGCAAAGCAAGAAGUGUGCCCUGAUGUACAUGUGAAAAAUGGGUUUAGUCAACCCCUAAACAAAACAGUAAUCUUUUACGCCUGCAACAAGGGUUACAAACCAUUCAAUGGAGAAUGGUGGAGUUCAGUGACGUGUGUUAAAGGCUCUUGGUCUGAUGUUCCUCUGUGCAUCCGGAAGGAAGAAUGUGGUGCUUUCCCCAGUGUUCAGAAUGGAAAACUUAAACUUAAAGAUCAAGAAACCGCUGAAAUUGAUUGUGAUCCAGGAUUCAUAUCAAGUACACCUUCUAUAAAAUGCAACAAUGGUACAUGGGAAACACCAACCUGUAACGAGGGUGUGAGAUGUGGCAUUCCUCCAUAUGUGGAUAAUUCAGUCAUUAUUUCUAAACCUGAAGUUGUUUAUAUACAUGGAUCAAGUGUUACAUACACAUGCCGAAGCCCGUUUGUAAUGAUUGGGAAAAGUACAGUUUUCUGCAGCAAUGGAAAAUGGGAAGAAACACCAACAUGUGAAGCAAGGUGUCUCAGGCCACUUGAGAAUUAUAUGUCACUGGCAAAUGAUAAAGACACAUACCAGGAUAAAGAAAUUCUAAACUACCAAUGCUUGAAGCCGUAUGAUAAAAUUCCAGAAGGAGAGUGGAUCUGUGAAAACGGAAAAUGGACUGGAGACUUUGUCUGCACAAGUGACAUCUGCCCACCUCCUCCUUAUAUUGAAAAUGGAAGUCAUUUUAGUAGGAAUCCAGAUGAUAAAAUGCCUACUGAGGUAUACUAUGAAUGCCAGGCUUACUAUGUGCUGAGUGAGAGAAAGCAAUAUUACAGGUGUGAAAACGGGAGAUGGAGAACCCCUCCGAAAUGUCUGAAGCCUUGUCAAAUUACACAAGAUAUUCUUGAAGCACACAACAUGAGACCCGAUCAACAAACAGGCUAUAUAAAGCAUGGUGACUAUGUUGACUAUUAUUGCCAGCAUAGAUUGAUUGUUAGGACAGGACACUACAAGAAAGCAACAUGUUCUGAUGGAAAGUUGGAAAUUGAAUCAUGUGAAUAGAUGUGUUUGUGUAUUAUCAGAUGUACAGGAAUUAGCUGAGGUCAUCAGAUGUGCCUAUGGCUAAUCUACAGUCACAUUUACCAACCUGAUAAUAUUGAGGCUCAUUUAAUAGACCUGUUUUGUUGAGGUUUGAUUUGAUGACCCUGAUGCAGGGUCAGUCUUUGACAGUCAUUGCAGAUGGUCACUCAUCACUCUCAACUGUUUCAACUCUUCUCUGAUUGUUGGCUAUCUGAUCUUCUCUGCUCUCUCGCUCUGUGCUUGAUAAUUGUUUAAAAGCUUGUCCCAAGCUUCAUGUGCAAAGGCAAAAGCAUACUCGUCAUUGCCUUCUUGUGCAUUGGCUAACAUCAGUUCUGCCCGCAGUCUGUGUUUGAGUAAUCCCAUUCUGUAAAAGGCCCUGUGAUCCUCUUCUGUUUCUGUUUCCUGGAGGGUUAUUUUCUGUUUGGUUCAGUCCUGCAGCGCCCAGAAGAAAGCUGACUAUACGAGUGCUUUAUUUCUCUUUAUUAAUAAAUACUAUUUCUGUGAUUUA